ACCUACCAAAAGAGAGAUGCACGAGCAAGCAUGGGACCUAAUUGUCUUUAGUUUCUGUAUUUAUGGCACCAAGAAGCCGAUAUCAUACUCCCAUAAUCAAUCAUAAGAUCCUCCGGCACCAUGUACCUUGAAAAUCCCUUCUCGCAUUCAACAGUACCAUUUAUCUUUACAAUAUUUGGGUUGUUGUUGUUUCUCUUUGUUCUUUCAUCCAUAUCAAGAAAGCGCAACGCUGCUGCAACUAAAAAAGCACCACCAGAAGCUAGCGGUGCAUGGCCUUUGAUCGGUCACCUCCACCUCUUAGGUGGCUCAAAACCACCUCACGUCACGCUGGGCGACAUGGCCGACAAAUAUGGCCCCAUCUUCACCUUGCGUCUUGGUACUCACAAAACCUUGGUUGUUAGCAAUUACGAAAUGGCCAAACAGUGCUUCACCGUAAACGACAGAGCGUUUGCAAGCCGUCCAAAAUCUGUGGCCUUUGAAGUGUUGGGGUACAACUUUUCCAUGAUGGGGUUCAGCCCCUACGGUUCUUAUUGGCGUCAUGUACGCAAAAUUACCACGUUGGAGCUCCUCUCUACUCACCGAAUAAACCUGCUCAAACACGUGAUGGAAUCGGCGGUGAAGGAGGCGAUGAAAGAUAUUUGGCUGAAGAAGAAAAACAGUGGUUCCCAAAAGGUGGAGACUGAGAUGAAGAGGUGGUUUGGGGACAUAACCUUAAACAUUAUGUUCAGAGCGGUGGUUGGAAAACGUUUUGUUAGUGACGAUGGGGAGGAUGGAGAGAACGAACGGAUCCGAAAGGUGUUGAGGGAGUUGUUUGAUCUGAGCGGGUCAUUCGCAAUCUCUGAUGCUCUUCCCUAUUUGAGAUGGUUGGAUUUGGAUGGGCGAGAAAAGGAUAUGAAGAGAACGGCGAAAGAGUUAGACGGGUUUGCUCAAGUUUGGCUCGAAGAACAUAAACACAACAGGAAUAGCGGUUCCGGUACGCACGACUUCAUGGACGUGCUUCUUAACCUUGUCGAGAAGGGUGAAGAGUUUGACGGACGUGAUGUCGAUACCACAAUCAAAGCUACUUGCCUGGCCAUGAUUUUAGCAGGUUCGGAUACUACAACAGGAACAUUGACUUGGGCUCUUUCGUUACUUCUCAACAAUCGUGAAAUCUUAAAUAAAGUUAUUGAUGAAUUAGAGACCCAGAUUGGGAAGAAAAAAAGGAUAGAGAUAUCAGACUUGACAAAAUUAGAAUAUCUCCAAUGUAUCAUCAAGGAAACUUUACGUUUGUAUCCACCAGCACCACUUAAUUUGCCACACGAGACUAUGGAAGAUUGCACUGUCGGUGGAUAUCAUGUGCCAACUGGCACACGUCUAUUAACUAAUAUUUCAAAACUUCAACGAGAUUCCUCGUUAUAUCUUGAUCCAUUAGAAUUUCGUCCAGAGAGAUUUUUAACAACCCACAAGGAUGUGGACGUCAAGGGCCAACAUUUUGAAUUGAUUCCAUUUGGUGCUGGUAGAAGAAUGUGUCCUGGACUCUCUUUUAGUCUUCCAGUAAUGCAACUAUCACUUGCUACUUUAUUGCAUGGGUUUGAUAUUGUAACUCCUGAUGAAAAACCCGUCGAUAUGCGCGAACAGAUUGGACUAACCAACAUCAAGGCUUCUCCACUUCAUGUCAUUCUUACUCCACGAUUAUCUCAUACUUAUGAUGAAAUUUAAAUGAUAAUGAAAAGUAUUUUAAAUAUCUACUAUGUAUUCAUCAACAAUCACACUUAUAUAUUUCAUUAAAGUAGUCAAAAAUAACUCUUUUUUUU